AUGCCUUACAACUUACCUAGUCCAACUUGCAAGAUGGCAGGGAACGAAAUUGCCUCAGGGGAUGCCCAUAAGCCUCGAUCAAAGAAGCAGCCCCCGCGACCUCCAUUCUACAUUCCCCUCAACAUCACUCUCUACCUAUUCCUAACUGCCAACACUCUCGCCGCAAUAUUCUCUCCAAUUCAAGAUUGCGAUGAGGUGUUCAAUUUCUGGGAACCUGCGCAUUAUCUUCAACAUGGAUACGGUCUUCAAACCUGGGAAUAUUCACCGGUUUAUUCUAUCCGAAGCUGGCUCUACGUGUCGCUCCAUGCUGCUGUAGGCAAAAUCGGGUCUUUGGUCGUCCACAGCAAGACAGCUGAAUUCUACACCAUUCGCCUCUCUCUUGCGUUUUUCUGCACUGCCUGUCAGACUCGACUAUACUCUGCGAUAUGCCGUACGCUCAGCCCCCGCAUCGGUCUUUUGUUUGUGAUAAUCGUCAUACUUAGCCCUGGCAUGUUUCAUGCUUCGACUGCCUUUUUGCCUUCUACUUUCACCAUGUAUAUGUCUAUGCUUGGUCUGGCUUCAUUCCUGGAUUGGAAAAAUGGCCGGAAAACAGCAGAAGGCAUCAUGUGGUUUGGGCUGGGGACAAUCGUUGGCUGGCCAUUUGCCGGUGCUCUCAUUGUCCCUUUUUUGGCUGAGGAAGCUAUUUUCAGUAUAAUGUCUAGGUCUUUUGGCUCACUCUUGUACAAUGUAUUCGACGGCAUCAUUCGUUGUUUGUCGAUUCUGGCUCUUGAAGUUGCAGUUGACUAUGCUUUCUUCCGAAAGCUCGUUCUCGUGCCUUGGAACAUUGUUGCAUACAACAUAUUGGGGGGUGAAGGUAAAGGCCCGGAUAUUUUUGGAACUGAGCCGUGGACUUUCUAUAUUCGAAACCUCUUGCUCAACUUCAAUGUCUGGUUUGUCCUCGCCAUGCUAUCCGCACCCCUCCUACUUUUCCAGAUCGUCUUUCGGUCGCACACCACCUCCUUACAAACCUCGUUGCGGUCCAUGACCUUGGUCGCUCCCUUCUACAUGUGGUUCGCGAUCUUCUCGGUUCAGCCACACAAGGAGGAGCGGUUUAUGUACCCAGCAUACCCGUUCUUAGCACUCAGCGCGGCUUUGAGCUUCCAUAUUAUUAUGACCUACCUUGGCUCUACUGACCGGAAGGAAAUGAUCGGCCGCGUACCAACUAAACUGAAGGUGGCUGCAGCCUUGUCGGUUGUUCUAGUUGCACUCAACGCCGGCAUGUUGCGCACUCUAGGAAUGGUUACGGCCUAUAACGCUCCAUUGAAGGUUUUGGAUCCCCUUCAGCAUGUGGAUAGCGCGCAUGCGGGAGACUGGGUGUGUUUCGGCAAGGAGUGGUAUCGCUUCCCGUCAUCAUAUUUCCUUCCCAACGAUAUGCGCGCCAAGUUCAUCCGAAGUGAAUUCCGAGGACUACUUCCGGGCGAGUUUCCAGAUUCCCCGGGUUAUCUUGGGCGUCUAGAUGGUGCUUCACAGAUUCCAUCUGGCAUGAAUGAUCUCAACAUUGAGGACCCCAGUAAAUACGUUGAUGUCUCUCAAUGUUCUUUCCUGGUUGACUCUUACUUCCCCGGCCAUGACGCCACUGAGCUAGAGCCCCAUUACUUCCUGGACAAGGCGCAGUGGGAGACGCUUUCCUGCGCCAGCUUCCUCGAUGCAUCUCAAACAAAUCUGCUUGGUAGACUGAUCUGGAUCCCUGACCUCCCAGUCAUCCCAGCUCGCUUCCGACGCAAAUGGGGCCAAUACUGUCUUCUCCAAAGGACAGCAGGUCAUGUCUAG